AUGAAGUUCUUAUCUACUGCCGCUGCAGUCCUCCUCGGCGCCGCUCCCUUCGCCGUUACUGCUCGGUCAAUCGACUUCUUCGGCUCGCAGUCUCCGAUCAGUGCCAAUGGCAUUCCCGUUCACGGCGACAACCCUCUAGAAUACUGCGCCAAUCCUUCCAGUGAUGUUCUCGAAAUCAAGAAAGUUGACUUGUCUCCUAACCCUCCUCUACCUGGCCACACACUUACCAUCGAAGCCAGCGGCACAUUGAAAGAGCCGGUGGAGAAGGGUGCUUACGUCCUCCUUGAGGUCAAAUACGGCCUGAUCACUCUGAUCAAGCAGCGGGCCGAUCUUUGCGAUCAACUCACCAACGUUGACCUUGAGUGUCCUCUGAACAAGGGUGACCUGACAUUGAGAAAACAGGUUGAUUUGCCCAGUCAAAUCCCCCCGGGCAAGUACACCGUUCAUGCCGAUGUUAUGUCAGUGAACGAUGAGCGGAUUACCUGCCUUGAAGCACAUAAUAUUGAGUUCAAGAGAGGCGCCCUCUUCUAA